UUGUCAAUGUUGCGCGUUUUCGGCCGCCUCGGGCUCGGCGCCCUUGCCGCCGCAGCUCUAUCUGCUCUCAGCAGUGCUGCUCCCGCCAACGUCGCAAUUCGGUCUCUAGAGGAGCGCGCAUCUUCUGCUGAUCGUCUCGUUUUCUGCCACUUCAUGAUUGGCAUCGUCGGUGACCGUGGCAGCUCGGCAGACUAUGAUGACGAUAUGCAACGAGCUAAAGCCGCUGGCAUUGACGCCUUUGCUCUAAAUAUCGGCGUUGAUGGCUAUACUGACCAGCAGCUCGGUUAUGCAUAUGAUUCUGCUGAUCGUAAUGGCAUGAAAGUCUUUAUUUCAUUUGAUUUCAAUUGGUGGAGCCCUGGCAAUGCGGUCGGUGUUGGUCAGAAGAUUGCGCAAUAUGCCAACCGUCCCGCCCAGCUCUAUGUCGAUAACCGACCUUUCGCCUCUUCUUUCGCCGGUGACGGUCUGGAUGUAAAUGCGUUGCGCUCUGCUGCAGGCUCCAACGUUUAUUUUGUGCCCAACUUCCACCCUGGGCAGUCUUCUCCCUCAAACAUUGAUGGUGCCCUGAACUGGAUGGCCUGGGAUAAUGACGGAAAUAACAAAGCUCCCAAGCCAGGCCAAACUGUCACAGUGGCAGACGGCGAUAACGCUUACAAAAACUGGUUGGGUGGCAAGCCCUAUCUAGCACCUGUCUCCCCAUGGUUUUUCACCCAUUUCGGCCCCGAAGUUUCAUAUUCCAAGAAUUGGGUCUUCCCAGGCGGUGCUCUUAUUUAUAACCGGUGGCAACAAGUCCUGCAGCAGGGCUUCCCCAUGGUUGAAAUUGUUACUUGGAAUGAUUAUGGCGAGUCUCACUAUGUCGGGCCGCUUAAGUCUAAGCAUUUUGACGAUGGCAAUUCUAAAUGGGUCAACGAUAUGCCCCAUGAUGGAUUCUUGGAUCUUUCUAAGCCCUUCAUUGCAGCAUAUAAGAACAGGGAUACCGAUAUUUCCAAGUACGUCCAAAACGAGCAGCUUGUCUACUGGUAUCGCCGCAACUUAAAGGCACUGGACUGCGACGCAACCGACACCACCUCUAACCGUCCAGCCAAUAAUGGAAGUGGUAAUUACUUUAUGGGACGUCCCGACGGCUGGCAAACUAUGGAUGAUACCGUUUACGUUGCUGCACUUCUCAAGACUGCCGGCACCGUCACGGUCACGUCUGGCGGAACCACUCAAACGUUCCAGGGCAACGCCGGAGCCAACCUGUUUCAAAUCCCUGCCAGCAUUGGUCAACAAAAGUUUGCUCUUUCUCGUAACGGCCAGACUGUCUUUAGUGGCACCUCUUUGAUGGAUAUCACCAAUGUCUGCUCCUGCGGCAUCUACAACUUCAACCCAUAUGUGGGUACUAUUCCAGCUGGCUUUGAUGACCCUCUACAAGCCGACGGUCUUUUCUCUCUGACUAUCGGAUUGCAUGUCACAACUUGCCAGGCUCGACCCUCUCUCGGAACCAACCCUCCUGUCACCUCUGGUCCCGUGUCCUCGCUUCCCGUUUCCUCCACCACUCGCGCAUCCUCACCUCCCAUUUCUUCAACCCGCGUCUCUUCUCCUCCUGUGUCUUCUCCCCCAGUUACUUCUCGCUCAAGUUCUUCUGCCCCACCAGUCAGCACGCCACCGCCCGGUCAGGUCUGCGUUGCCGGCACCGUUGCUGACGGUGAGUCGGGCAACUACAUUGGUUUGUGCAAUUUCAGCUGCAACUUCGGUUACUGUCCGCCAGGACCGUGCAAGUGUACCGCCUAUGGUGCUCCCAUCUCUCCACCGCCAUCCAAUGGGCGCAACGGCUGCCCUCUGCCUGGAGAAGGCGAUGGUUAUCUGGGCCUGUGCAGUUUCAGUUGCAACCAUUCUUAUUGUCCCCCAACGGCAUGCCAAUACUGCUAGAAAACAUCUAUCACAGUACAAGCAUGGGGAGGUGAUUGAAGGAUCUGUCAGCUGUAGUUUCCAGUGGGCAGAAGUUGUGAAAUAAGAGUUUAAAUAAGUAAAAUGUGAGUGUUAUAUAUUGUCAAUACAGGUUUUAUAUGCUCUUC